AAAAUGCGAGUGUCGGUGACGUCACGCGAGCGCGCGAGCGUCCAGUGGCGUCAUGUCAGUGCAAGGAGCAGCAAUGGCGGAGCGAGACGCGGCGCUUCACGAGCACCGCAAAAAGCUGCUGGAGCACAAGGAGGUGGACGGCAGGCUGCGGGAGCUCCGUGAACAGCUCAAGGAUCUGACUAAGCAGUAUGACAAGUCCGAGAACGACCUCAAGGCUCUGCAGAGCGUGGGCCAGAUUGUGGGAGAGGUUCUCAAACAACUCACUGAGGACAAAUUUAUCGUGAAGGCUACCAAUGGGCCUCGCUAUGUGGUCGGAUGUCGCAGACAGCUGGACAAGUCAAAGUUGAAGGCCGGAACCCGAGUGGCCCUGGACAUGACCACGCUGACCAUCAUGAGGUACCUGCCCAGAGAGGUGGAUCCGCUGGUGUACAACAUGUCCCACGAAGACCCGGGCCAGGUCUCCUACUCGGAGAUCGGGGGGCUCACCGAGCAGAUCCGGGAACUCCGAGAGGUGAUUGAGCUGCCGCUGCUCAACCCGGAGCUGUUCCAGCGCGUGGGGAUCACCCCCCCCAAGGGGUGCCUCCUAUACGGGCCCCCCGGCACUGGUAAAACUCUGUUAGCCAGGGCCGUGGCGAGCCAGCUUGACUGCAACUUCCUCAAGGUGGUGUCCAGCGCCAUAGUGGACAAGUACAUUGGGGAGAGCGCACGACUUAUUCGCGAGAUGUUCAACUUCGCCCGCGAUCACCAACCCUGCAUCAUCUUCAUGGACGAGAUCGACGCUAUCGGUGGGCGUCGCUUCUCAGAGGGGACAUCAGCUGACAGAGAGAUCCAGAGAACUCUGAUGGAGCUGCUGAACCAGAUGGAUGGGUUCGACACACUGGGCAAGGUGAAGAUGAUCAUGGCCACGAACCGUCCGGACACCCUGGACCCUGCGCUGCUGCGUCCUGGCCGCCUGGACCGCAAGAUCCACAUUGAACUCCCCAAUGAGCAAGGGCGUCUGGACAUCAUGAAGAUCCACGCUGCUCCCAUCACCAAGCACGGCGACAUCGACUAUGAGGCGAUCGUGAAGCUGUCCGAUGGUUUCAACGGAGCCGACCUGCGGAACGUGUGCACAGAGGCUGGGAUGUUUGCGAUCCGGGCGGAGCGUGAGUUCGUCAUGCAGGAGGACUUCAUGAAGGCCGUGCGCAAGGUGGCUGAGUCAAAGAAACUGGAGUCCAAGCUGGACUACAAGCCCAUUUGACAGAUUCACGCACACACAGAGGGACACACACCGACACACAAAGGGACACACUGAGAGAUAGACACAUGCAUAGACAGAGGGAGACACACAUUGAGAGGCGCAUGCAUAGGCACACAGAUAGACACACAGGUUGACACA